UUCUUUUAUUAGACUUUAUGUCGGGUCAGAGUUUAUUAUUUUGUUUGCUUUAAGCACGCGCAUGUGUUAUUACAGGGUGGAAAAGGAAUAGAGUUAUGACUAAUUGGACUUUUUUUGUAGAUUGAGCUGAAAUGGAAAAAGACUCAGAAUUAUUUCUCAUUUUAUAUAAAAAGGGAGUUGGAGUAAUAUACUGGGCGGCCGCACGCGCGUCGUGCAUUUAGCGCAAUUUUCGGAUUUUGUUGCGACAUUAAAUAUUCAUUCAUGUUUUUUUCUAAAACUUGAUCUUUUAAAAGCGAAACAAAUUUCAGGCAAUAAAGGUUUAUUUCUUCUCCAGCUCUGGACUCCAGUUUCCCGCUUUCAGGCUGCAGACCACCGAAAAUGAAACAAAACCCACGCGGAGAUAUCCUUCACACGUCCUGAUGGAGAAACAUCUGAGCCGUCCUGGUAGGAGCGCACACACAAUCCUCCAUCUGACCUGCUUGUCCUUUUGGAGGUUAUUAAGAGCGUGCUGGAGAUUCUCCAGAUCCAGGACAGCUUUUCUCCUCACCUUCGCCUGCUUGAUCUACCUUUUCUGCUUGGAGUUGUGGAUCAGCCGUAUAGACCAUGACCAAAAUCUAACCAAGGGCAGGAGAUUGAUUUUGGAAAGGAUUCCAGUAUCUCCUUCUCCAACUCACUCCAAUGUGGUGUACAUCACUCUCAAGUCCAAAAGACAGAAACCUGCCAUCCUAAGAGCGACGCUGCACCCAAAAACUCGCAGGAAGAAGGUUAGGAACCUGAAGAACCUUAGCCGAGACACAGUGCACCAUUAUGGAGAAGAAACACUAAUGCAUGCUAAAUCUAGAGAGGCAUGGAGGCAGCUACUUUAUUCGUUUAAACCUGGAAAGUUUAAUGUUUUCGAUAAUGGUAAUGAUGAUGAUAGGAGCUCCAUCCGGAUCUACAGCCAAAAAGCUCCACCAUGGUUCAGCCAAGCUGAUAUAGAAACCAUGCGCUUCCUCUCCAAGUGCAAAAUCGGUCGUGUCAAAAUUCUUGAACCGGAGAAUGCUCCUCCUGUUCUUCUGUUUAAGAGAACGAGGGGAUUUAAUCAAAGCUCAGACCUUGCAGGAGAGUGUGAAGGACAAUGUGGAGUCAUUAAGCGACCUGAGGAUAUGAGUGAAGUGUUCGCUUUUCACCUGGACCGAGUUUUAGGCCUCAAUCGGAGUUUAGUGACCAUCAGCAGAAGGUUCCAGGCUCUGGAUGGUCAGCUGUGUCCCGUGACUCUGUACGACCCGUCUGUUGUUCCGGUACCUGAGUCGAGGUCAGGUUCUCUGAGUUGGAGCUGGUACCAGGAGUCGUUACGGUACCUGUGCUGGCAGCGUGGAGUCCCGAAACCCAAGCAGAGCUGCAGCAGCCUCCAUCAUCAAGAGUGGAGCAAAGUGACACUGUUCGACUUCCUGCUGCAGAAUCACCAGCGGCUCGACAGGAACUGCUGCGGGUUCAGGCCACGACCACAGGACAGCUGUGUCCAGUUUGGCUAUCACACACAGUGCAGUAACGUCGACAGUCUCCAGAUUUCACACAUCGUUCAUCGCAAGAGCGCCCCGAGACGCAUGGUCUACAUCAACAACAACGCCUUCUUCGACCGGGACGAAGAAAACCUGGAUUUUAGACUACUAGAGGGAAUUAAAGAACUCCCUGAUGUAGCAGUGAGUGUGUUGCGGUCUCAGCGUCUCAGACAAAACCUCCUGCAGUCUCUGUUCAUGGAUGAACAAUUCUGGGAGAAUCAGGGAGGACGGCGAGGCAUCGACAAACUCAUUGACGUGAUCGAGAGACGAGCGAGAGUCUUACUGCGCUACAUCAAUGCUCACGGCAUCGAGCUCACGGCCAUGAAGCCUUAAACAACCACAGGGCACGCGUUUUAUUUAAAUUUAUUCAAUUAUUUUUUAUUCAUGUUUAUUAAUAACAGCAGUGUACACUACACUGAUGGUCGCAUGUGAUUAGAACAUCAUCAUCAUCAUCAUCAUCAUCAUCAGUGUGUCUUUAUGCUGAAAACACUUGAUCAUUGAGAGUGUUUUACUCCUCAGUUUUGCUCCAGAGCUUUGUGAGUUGGACUUUUAGAAGAACUGCUGCUUUACUUAACACGCGUGCAUGUGUGUGUGAG